AUGCCCCAAGCUUACGCCAUCGGUACGACAUACUGCUAUACCGACCGGACGAACCCCGCGCAGCCUUACCAACUUCUUGCGCCGAAUCAUACCGCAAUCAUGCCGGGCGCACGCUCCGAUGCGAGCACUCCUCAGCCCGACCGGGAGUUUAUAUCUGACGAGGCGCACCUCCUACCGUUACCCCCAGACGCUCCCGAUCUCCACGAACUCAACGCCUCUCUCGAUGCCCUCUCCGCCGUCUUCCCCGAUAUACAGAUAGACGUCUUCCGAGAGAUGCUCUCCAGCUUCGACGGCGAAUCGAGACUCGCCCUGGUCGCAAACGCUCUCAUCCAAAACAAGGUUACUUGGGUCAAGGGUCGCUGGAGAGCCGCCGAAGAGAUGCCUCGCAACGUGCCAGCCACAGCUGAGCCAGUCUCGGUCCCCUCAAGGCACAAGUUUCGAAGCAAGGAGUACAGAAGCGCAGUCGAAAAACUUGCAUGGCAAGAGUUCAAAGGAUUGUCCCGAUCGACCAUCACUGCAGUCCUCGCCGAGAACAAUUACUGGUACCCGGAUGCCCGUCCGACGCUGGUCAGCCUUUCGUCCAAAUCCUGGCGGUUUGCCAUCUCGUCUCUCUUCCUACGCAGAAAAUCUGUAUCGGGCACCGAGGCAGCAACACACCCGCUUGUUAUCUGGAAAUCAUCUGGCAAGGGCUCUAUUGUGCCCUGUAUCAAGACCACGGGCAAUGCCGAGCUAGAUAAGGAGCUCUACGAAGCACUCAUUCUUCCUAUCCUCAAACAGGCUCGUCAGGAAAGGGAAGACAAGGACCACAUCUUAGCGGCAGAGCUCAACACUAAAGAGGCGGAGGCGCUAGAAAGCAUGUUUGAGUGCUCGUGCUGCUUUACCGAAGCUACGUUCGAAGAGAUUGUGUCAUGCAACGUUGACGGACAUACCAUCUGCUUUCGCUGUAUCCAUCAUACCCUCUCGGAAGCCGUGUUCGGACAAGGCUGGCAGUCCACCAUUAAUACGGAAACUGGCACACUACGUUGUCCAGCUGUUGAAGGAAGCGGGUGCAAAGGGUGUAUCUCUCAAGAACAGAUGCACCGGGCCAUGCUUGAGUUCAAAAAGGGCGCCGGGAUCAUGCACAAGUUCGAGCAACGUCUAGCCGAGCACAGUCUCGUAGUCAGCGGACUCCCACUUGUCCGCUGCCCUUUCUGUUCCUACGCCGAAGUCAACGAGAUAUACGAGCCUCCUAACCCACUGCCUCACCACUCCCUUAGGAAGAACGCCUUUCAGCUCAUGUUCGCUGUCCUGUGCAUUGGGUUCAUUCCCUUCAUACUACCUCUGGUCCUGAUAAUCGGAAUAAUUACGGUCCUGCUAAGUUACAAGCAAGAUAUAGUAAUACCCUUAUCCCAAGAAUAUCACGCCGCGCGCCAGCGUCUCCAGCGUCGCCGUCGCGGAUCCAAGUUUACCUGCCGAAACCCCGAGUGCCAACGCAACUCGUGUCUCUCAUGCAGCAAAGAAUGGGUUGACAUACACGUCUGCAACGAGUCCUCCCUCGUCGCCUUGCGCACACAAGUAGAGCAGGCCAUGAGCAUGGCCGUCAAGCGUGUCUGUCCCCGCUGCAAUACAUCUUUUGUCAAAACAGCCGGCUGCAACAAGCUCACUUGUCCGUGCGGAUACAAGAUGUGCUACGUCUGUCGAAAGGACAUUGGCGGGGACGGGGACGGCCCAGACGUGGGGUACAGGCACUUUUGCGACCACUUCAGACCGGAGGGCGAUGGGAGGAAGUGCGACAAGUGCACCAAGUGCAAUUUGUGGGAGGCUGAGAAUACGGAGCUGGUGCUGAAGCAGGCCAAGGAGGAGGCGGAGAGGAAGUGGUUCGAGACGGAGAAUAGGGAGUUGACGGGCGCCGAGAAGGUGUUCUUGGAGACGGGCAUGGCGAUUGACCCGAAUGCGGCGGCGAGGAUGGAUAAGAUGUAUGCGCAUGGGAGUUGGCGGGUGCCGACGCUGGCGGAGUUGUUUGAUUUCAUCCUGGAACAUAUUUUGGAGGCGUGA